UAUGACAUGUUAUGGUAGACAGGUUUGUCAGGCCUGGCAGACUGGUUUUGAAACAGCCAGUCAAUAACAGAAAUCAGAUAUUUUUAAAAUCUAAAAGUGUGGUCAGUUAUUCAAAUAUAGGUGAUGAUGAUGAUGAUGAUGACUUUACUGAUCCGACGCCACCUCCAAGUAGAAAACUUAACAAUGGAAAAGAAAACAAACUACAAAUGAAAGAGAAGAUAAAAAAACCUGCAGCUAAUUCUAAUGACAAAAAGAAAGCUAAUAGGAAAUCUCUUGACGAUAGACUAUUAGAUGUACAACUUAAAGAAGCAUUAGCUGCCUCAUUGCUGGAUUGUUCUAAUAAUAAUAAUAAUAAUAAUAGUAGCAGUCAAGAAACAAGAGAUAUUCAUUCUGUAACAGAUAAAGUUGAAAAGCAACCUGAUACAAAAACUAAUUUAAACAAAUCUACGGAGGAUGAUAUUGAAAUUAUAUCCACUGAACUUGUUGAGGAUUCACCUCCUAGAAAACGUCAGAAAUUACAAUAUUCCAGUGAUGAUGAUGAUAAAGAUAGUACAUUUGCUGUUGAAAUUGGAAGCAGUGAUGAUGAUGAGGAUGAUGAUGAUGAUUUUGAUGAUGAUGACAGUGAAGAUGAUAGUGAUUAUGUGGAAAAGCCCAACAAGAAAAAAAAUGUCAAUAAAAUGUUUAGUGCAAAAAAGUCCACUGCUAAAGAUAAAACUUCAUCCAAAAUAAACUCAAAGGCUGGUUCAAAUACUACAAAAACUGUCAGAAUUACUCCAAUAUUAAACUCUAAACCUAAAUCCAGUCCUGCAAGGGUCAAAACUGCUGGAAUAUUAAACACUAAACCAACAUCUAAAUCUGCAACUCCAAAAAUAAAUUCUAAAUCUGUCAUUAACUCACCAUCACUUAAAUUAAAUACACCUAAAAGUAGUUGUGUAUCUACUGUAGUAUCACGAACACCUAUAUUUUCUAUUAGUAGAAAAAUACCAGCAUGGACACCACCAGGUCCAUCUAGUCGAGGUAACAGUGACAUGAAUUGUAGCUUGAAAUCACCAACUGGAGGGAUGCGACUUGGUUUGUCCAGAAACCAACGAGUUAAACCAUUACAUCCCUCUGUUCAACAUUGAAAUCCUUUUUUAUGUUUUAACCAACACUGAGGUACUUCAUUCCUAUUAAAGUUCAGCUGAGGAAAGUUAAUUUAGAAAAGAGAACCUGUUAGUGCGUUAGAGUAUGCCAACCUGAGUUUAAAAAGGAAUUGUACCUGAUAUUUAAAAAGAUUACUUACUAUGUAGUGAGUUGUGUAUACAUAAAAACAUGUAUUUAUUGUUUAACUCUUAACUUGUACUUAAAUAAAAACCUCAACUCAAAUAUAGAUAGAAAGAUGUUUUCUGUAUGUAUACAUUUUACAAAAUACCACAUUCUAGCUAGGACUGUACAUGUUGAAGUGAAUAUAAUCACUUUUAUGGUUUAAAAAUGAAAUGUGACUGUGGUUAAAUUGGUCGCAAGAAGCGGUUGAAUCCCCCAUGCUUUUAUGUACAUAAAAAUGUGAGAUUUUAUUAGAAUGAGAACUUGUUUGUUAUUGUCUUUGUAAUUGUUGACUCCCUUUAUGAUUAAAAAAAUGUGUUUUGUUUU